AUCAACAACCAGAAUCAUCAUCUCUGGCUUCUCAAAUCCUGAGCGUUCCAUGCGAGGCAACUGGUCAUGGUCACUUUUCGUUCGGGGAGGAAGGCUGCCCCUCUGCUGACCGUCCCAACCGACACGAUCAUCCCCUUUCACUACUGGGAUGACGACCAUCAUACACGAGGCCUGUCCUUCGAUGUCACGUUCCGCUUCGAUGACAUCCUGGACCCUGAGAAGCUGCGGGGUGCUCUAUCCCGGCUGCUAGAAUUGGGGGACUGGCGAAAGCUUGGGGCUCGAAUCCGAAGGAACGCAGAAAGAGGGCUGGAAUACCAUGUGCCACAAUGGUUCGACGACAAACGGCCUGGCUUCGCAUAUUCCACGGUCGCAUAUGAUGAUAUGAACGUGGCCGACCAUCCACAAGCGUCGCAUUUAGCUCAACCUCACCAUUUGGAUGCCGCGGGUCGCCCGUGUGUGCUGGGCCUUACGGACACGAUGACACCCGAGUUCCGAUCGUUUAUCCGGACUCCCAUGUUCCCCGAUCGCUUGGAGGGUUGGCUAAGUUCCGACAGCCCCCAGCUAGGGGUUCGCAUCAUCACCUUCCAGGAUGCAACUCUCGUGACCGUCUCUUUCCUUCACAGUCUGAUGGACAUGAUGGGCCUGGAUGCGGUCCUGGCCGCCUGGUCUGCAGUGUUGCGCGGACGAGAGGAUGAAGUGCAGCCGUUAGUGGGUUUCGCUCACGAUCCAUUAGCCGGCCUCGCCGAGUCUAAGUCAGAACCGCCGCCAAAAUACGUCUUUACGGACACGCUGCUCAUUGGAUGGACGUGGUUUUUGUUUGCAGUGCGGUAUCUUCUUACGGUGGAGCUGUUUUGGCAGCGCCGGGAGGAGGAACGAGUCAUUUUCUUACCCGCAAAAUACCUGCAGCAGAUGCGAGAUAAGGCGAUGGGGGAGCUCGCAUCGCGCGACACCAGCGACGGUGGUAAGCCUGUUUUCCUAAGCGAAGGUGACAUUCUCUUUGCCUGGUGGACGCGAGUCGUAAUCCGAGCCGCAAGGCCUAGCCUCGGUCGCACGGUGAACCUGCGGAAUACAUACUGUUGCCGGUCCAUCUUAGCAGAGCUUGGCCACCUACCAUCCGCUACCUGUGCCUUGGUAACGAAUGCCGUCUUUGCGACCCUGACGUUCCUUUCCGUUCGCCAGAUCCUCGAAGAUCCUCUCAGCGUGACUGCAUCAGAAAUCCGCCGGUCUCUGAUCCAACAACGCAACGCCGAACAGCUCCACGCACUGGACACCAUCCAAAGAAAUACUCUCGACAACGCACAUCAUCCAGCCCUAUUCGGCAACCCGAGUAUGUACAUGGUAAUGAUCUCAAAUUGGGUCAAAGCCAAACUGUUCGAGGUAGAUUUCUCCGCCGCCGUCGAACGAGAAGGCAUGGCACUGGACAAACGCAGCAAUCCGCUGGGCAGACCAUCAUGUAUCCAAGGAACUGGGACCAAAGGCUACGCAACGCGAAACACGGGCGUGGUGAUCGGAAAGGAUGCGGCGGGUAAUUUCUGGUUAUUGUACAGUCUCCGGAAAGGCAUCUGGCCGGCUGUCGAGCAACAACUCCGGUCUAUGUCUGAAGGAGAUGGAGGACUACUAUAACCCUCGACAGCCUGCGGGCAAGCCCAUUUGUUAAUAUCUUACAAACACUCAGCUUUGAAUUAUGUUCGAUUCGGCUAAGACUAGAACUCAAUCUCAGGCGCAAUACCUUGUAGGAAUCUUUCAUACAUACAUAUAUAUAUAUAUAUAUAUAUA